AUGGAGGUCACGCAGGCUGAUGUACAACACCUUAUGGAUGACCAUGCAUUGCUUUCACGAGUAACUGCAAAUGGGGAGGGACGAUGUGUAACGCGACAUAUGUGUGCAAGGGAUAGAAGGGAAAGAUGGCAGGCUCUGAGACCUUCAUUGAGGCCAUUAUGUGGAAUCACGUUCAGAAGUACCGAGAAAGUUAAACGUACGCCUUCUUUGGAGAUGUUACGCGUGAACGACAACAUCGUGUUUAUUUAA